UUACUUCCUGCUCACCAUUUCAUUUAGUCUCAAAUGAAAAAUGCUUGGCAUUGAACUCGCCAGAGAUCGCCCAAAAAAAAGUAUAUUUAUAAUUUGUUCAUCACUGACCAUUUAAAAACAUACUUUACUUUAUCAUCAGCUUUACUUCCUGCUCACUAUACUUUACUUCCUGCUCAUUACUUUACUUCCUCCCAGUCACACAUUUUGUCUGAUCUAAGACUGGCCUUGGACUGUGGAUUACUAACUUUUCUACUUACCUGAAUGAUUUAACUUCUGAGAUUUCUCCAAGAUCCUGUCUUCUACAUCACUCUCUGUUUUUCAAGGGAAUGUUGGAGGUUUUUGGGAAAUGCAGCCAACCAGUUUGUUUCCAUGGUGACGGCGAGUGGCUUCCUGUCCUGGAGCUUGGCUUCCCUAGCCCGGAGAGAGGUCUGCGGUUCAUUCAGGUUUUACUGCAAAGUCUAGUGGAUGGGGAGAGAGAUGAGGACAAUCCCAAUCUUAUCCGCAUCAAUAUCACUAAAGCUUAUGACCGAGCCCUCAAGAGGCAUCACGGCUGGAUUGUCCAGAAAACGUUUUCAAGGCCGCCCAAUACGCUGCGCCAUGCAGGUCCGAUUUCCUUAAAGCUUUAGCCAAGGAUCAAGAAGUUGCCGAGGAGGAAUGCUUAAGGAAAGUUUGCCAGUUCUUGAUAAACUUCACUGCAACUGUAGAUGCCAUUUAUGAAAUGUAUUCUGCCAUGAAUGCUGAACUGGACUACUUAGUUUGAAACAUCCUUUAAAGAUGAAGCAGUACAGUGUAUUCCUCUUUAAUUCUGCACAGUUUUCAUACU